CGGAGAAACCCAAGAAAAAAAUACAGAACACACAGCUAAAGCUAAGAUAGAAGUGUUCGGGGAGCGGACGCCACCAGACAAAUUAUAAGAACGAAUUUGAAAUUUUAUAGCAGACAUUUUGGAGGGUCAACGGUGGACGUGGUGAUUGGGAUUGGAAAAGGAUUUUUCCUCUGGAACCAGACAUAACAAUGGAGAUGGUGCAAACAAAAGUACAUCUUAAGAAAAGGCAAGUGGUGAUCUUCAUUAUAUUGAUUCUUUUGUGGGAGGCAGGUUCAGAAUCGAUUCAGUAUUCUAUACUGGAGGAGACAGAAAGUGGCACAUUUGUGGCCAACCUGACAAAGGACCUGGGACUCACGAUGGGAGAGCUGGCUGCCCGGGCCGCCCGAGUUGUUUUUAAGGGGAAUAGGCAAUAUUUGCAGUUUGAUCCAGAGACCUAUGAUUUGCUGCUAAAUGAAAAACUGGACCGGGAGGAGCUUUGCGGCUCUACUGAGCCCUGUGUGCUACCCUUCCAAGUGUUACUGGAAAAUCCCUUGCAGUUUUUUCAGGCUGCCUUGCUAAUUAGAGAUAUAAAUGACCACGCCCCAGAGUUCCCCGCUAGAGAAAUGCUACUAAAAAUAUCAGAAAUUACUACGCCAGGAAAGGUAUUUCCUUUGAAAAUGGCACAGGAUUUAGACGCUGGUAGCAACAGCCUUCAGAGCUACAAAAUCAGCUCCAAUCCUCACUUCCACGUUCUCACAAGGAACCGCAAGGACGGCAGGAAGUCCCCAGAGCUGGUACUGGACAAGGCGUUGGACCGUGAGGAGCAGCCCGAGCUCAGGCUAAUCCUCACAGCGCUGGAUGGCGGGUUUCCGCCCCGGUCUGGGACCACAAAAAUUCAGAUCGUGGUCUUGGACAUCAAUGACAACGCCCCCGAGUUUGCUCAGGAGUUCUAUGAGGCCCAAGUCCCUGAAAAUAGCUCCCUGGGCUCUCUGGUUCUCACCGUCUCAGCAAGAGAUUUAGACGCAGGAUCCUUUGGGGAGGUAUCUUAUGCCCUAUUUCAAGUCGAUGAUGUUAACCAACCCUUCGAAUUAAACGCAAAUACGGGAGAAAUUCGACUGAGAAAGACAUUGGAUUUUGAGGAAUUUCAAUCAUAUCAGGUGGAUGUUGAGGCCACAGAUGGUGGGGGACUAUCAGGAAAAUGCAGUUUAGUCAUCAAGGUCCUGGACGUGAAUGACAAUGCUCCCGAAUUGACUAUGUCGUCACUUACCAACCCCAUCCCUGAAAACCUGCCUGAGAUCAUAGUGGCAGUUUUCAGUGUAUCAGAUGCAGAUUCUGGACAUAACCAACAGGUUACUUGUUCUAUAGAUGACAAUCUCCCCUUUCUUCUAAGACCAUCCGUUCAAAAUUUCUACACCUUGGUAACAGAAGGAGCGCUGGACAGAGAGAGCAGAGCCCAGUACAACAUCACCAUCACCGUCACCGAUAUGGGAACCCCCAGGCUGAAAACCGAGCACAACAUAACCGUGCUNAACGGCGAGGUGCGCACGGCCCGGCUGCUGAGCGAGCGCGACGCGGCCAAGCACAGGCUGGUGGUACUCGUCAAGGACAAUGGCAAGCCGCCGCUCUCGGCCAGCGUCACGCUGUACGUGCUGCUGGUGGACGGCUUCUCGCGGCCCUACCUGCCGGCCCCGGAAGCGGAAGCGGCGGACGCGGCCCCGGACGCCCCGCUCACCGUCUACCUGGUGGUCGCCUUGGCGUCGGUGUCGUCGCUCUUCCUCUUCUCGGUGCUGGUGUUCGUCGCGGUGCGGCUGUGCAGGAGGGGCGGGGCGACUUCGGUGGGUCGCUGCUCGAUGCCCGAGGGCCCCUUUCCGGGCCACCUGGUGGACGUCAGCGGCACGGGGACCCUGUCCCAGAGCUACCAGUACGAGGUGUGUCUGACGGGAGGCUCUGGGACUUUCAAAUUCCUCAAGCCGGUUGUCCCAAACUUCCUUACUCAAGAUGAGGAGAGGGUUAGUGAGGCAAACCCCAGUUUCAGGAAUAGUUUUGAAUUCAGUUAAAUUUUAAUAAGGGUCUAUGAUGCCGUCUCAGUUAAAUUGUGGAAAGUCCUUUUUUACUACCUUGCCCAUUGGAGUUGUUUUCUUUGUAUUUGAAACGUAACUAUCUUAUUCCAAUUCACCGCAUGUUACUGGUGUUUCUAGAUGUGCUGCUCUGUGGUAUAAUGAAUGCAAAUUUUCCUUCUUACUGUUAAUAUCACUGUAACUUAAUUCGAUUUAAUGUGUGAAAGUAUAUUUUGUAUUUUCUGAAGUCUUUAAUUUUUAGAGCACUUUUUUUCAAAAUUCACCUUCCACAGUCCCUGUGGAAUUUUUUUCUGGUAAUUUUUGCAUUCCUACAUUUUUGAAAGUUUGCAAUAAGUACACAGGGUUACUUUUUCCUACCCAGAAUAUUUGUGUUUGUAUAGAGUAUUCUCUUAGGCUAGUUUAAACUUUCUUCCUGUGAACUCACAUUGGCUAAAACCAUUAACAUAGGUACAUUCAUGAAUAACAAAGCACCCUCUCACACUUUUCUAAAUAUAUACUUCCUUAAAAUGUUCAUACCUGAUAAUUAUGAUUCUUUAGAGAUUGUGAAAACCUUGACUGUUGGAUUCUACAAAUCAUACACAUUAAAAGUCUUCAAUAAAUCAACUACCAAUAUUCUAAAAUGUAGUUAAAUAAAUAGCAAUGUCCAGUCAUUUUCAGACAUGCUAAUUAUUCAUGCUUUUUAUUAAAAAUUUUAAAACCUCUGAUUGUUUCAAUCCCUCCAUUUAAAAAUCUGUCUUAAUUAUUUAAAACCAUCUAUUCUUUGAGUACUUCAUUAAAA